AUGAAAGAAACCAAAGAAAAUGACAGCAGCACCAGCAAUGAAGUGGAAAAGCGAAAAAUAAAAUGGGCCUCUGUGCUUUAUUACAUUUACCUUCACGUCAUCGGUCUCGCUGGCUUAUACUUUCUGUUCAGCAAAGCAAAAUGGAUGACGGUAUUCUACUUUUCUUUCCUCGUCACAAUCAGUUCUAUAGCAUUAACGGCGGGUGCUCACAGAUUGUAUGCACAUCAAACAUUCGUCGCAACAUCGCAACUCAGACUCUUCAUAAUGCUAGCCCACACAAUGGCAGGCGUGGGUUCCAUAUAUAAUUGGGUGUUUUGGCACCGGGUGCAUCAUAAAUAUUACGGAACCGAGAGAGACCCGUAUAAUCAUAAGAAAGGAUUCUUUUAUUCUCAUGUGAUCAGCAAUCUCUUGUCAACGCCCUCCGAUUUGAAGAAAUAUGCGAAGAAUAUCGAUAUGCGCGAUGUUGACAUGGAUGGAUAUGUUUGGACGCAACAAAAGUUGUACUAUAUACUCUUCAUUGUGUUCGGACUGCUACUGCCUAUCAACCUGCCUAUAAAAUAUUGGGAUGAAACGUUUGUAAAUGCCUUUUUAAUUAUUGGCGCAGCGAGAUUAUUGAUCACCACUAACAUUUCAUGGCUUGUAAACAGUGCCCUGCUGGUCUGGGGCCUAAAGAGAGGGGACAAAUUUCCGGUCGAUGACAAUUCUGUCUUUUUCUUAUCCAAGUCUUACUGGAUGAAUUAUCAUUAUUUACUACCAUGGGACUGGAAAAGUGACGAAUUUGGAACUUACGGAAGGGGUUUUGUCACGUUAGUCAUCAAGAUGUUAUACGAAUUCGGUUUCAUCAAUCAGAUGAAGACCGCUACUUGCAAUGAUGUACGAGAAGCUCUGUAUAAGGUCGCUAUAUCGGAAAAAACGAUGAAUGAAGCUUUAGAAGAAGUAAAAAAGAACGCAGAAGAAGCUGCUUACAGACAGAAGCUGAAAUAUCGCCAUUAAGAAAUUUGCGAAAGAAUAGAUUAAUUAAAAUAAUAUUACGAUUAAUGCAAUUUUAUGUACAUGUGAGAUAUUUUAUAAAUUUUAAUUAAAAACUAAAACUUUUAAAAUUGUAUACAAUAAUAUAUGUAAAACACUUAAUUAAAAUUAAUUAA